CACACGGCACCCGCCGCCGCCAUGGCCACCGCGGCCUCCCUCCUCGAACCCACCCGCUUCCUCUCCCUGCCGCUCCCGCGCUCGCUCCCGCCCCGCCGCGGCCUCCUCCACCUCCCCACCUCCUCGCCCCACCGCGCCCCGCGCCUCCGCGCCCAGGCAACCACCCCCCGCCUCCCACCCUCCUCCCCCUCCCCCUCCUCCUCCUCACCCCACGCCCUCCUCUCCGCGCUCAAGCAGUCCCUCCUCGACUCCCUCGCGGCGCUCAAGAAGCCCGCGCUGGCGCUCCUCCUCGCCGGCGCGCUGCUCGCGGCCGCCGCGGGGCCGGGCGCCCACCACGACGCCGCGCUGGCGGCAUCCGGCGGCCGCGUCGGCGGGUCCGCCUUCUCCUCCUCCUCGCGCUCGUCGUCUUCUUCGCGGUCGUCCUACGGGUACACCGCGCCGGCGCCCAGGGGAGGGUACUCCGGGUACUCCUCCGCGCCCUUCUACUCGGCUUCGCCCUUCGUGUCCGUCGGCCCCGCCUUCGGCAUCGGCUUCGGCGGCUCCGGCUUCCUCCUCACCCUCGUGGGCUUCGCCGCCUUCCUCUACCUCGGCGGCUUCCUCGGCGACUCGUCCGGGGGAGGGAGCGUGCUCACCGACACGCAGAAGACCACCGUCCUCAAGCUGCAGGUUGGGUUGCUAGGUUUGGCCCGAUCAUUUCAAAAGGAGCUUGAUCAGAUAGCCGAGAAGGCAGAUACAUCAACUCCAGCUGGGUUGAGCUAUGUACUAACAGAGACAACCUUGGCAUUACUUCGGCAUCCAGAUUGCUGUAUCUCAGCUUACUCAACAGUGGACGUGAAAAGGAGCAUAGAUGAUGGGGAGAAACGCUUCAAUCAAUUGUCAAUUGAGGAACGAGGCAAGUUUGAUGAAGAGACACUCGUGAAUGUGAACAGUAUCAAGAGGCAAAAGGCAGGCAGUCAAAGAUCAAGUGGUUUUAGCAACGAGUACAUUGUGAUUACCAUAUUGGUUGCUGCUGAGGGAGUACACAAGAUACCUACUAUAAAUAGCAGCUCUGACUUGAAGACAGCUCUACAAACUCUUGGUGGUGUACCAUCAAGCAAAAUACUGGCGGUUGAGGUCUUGUGGACUCCACAAAAUGAGAACGACACAUUGUCGGAGCGGGAACUCCUGGAAGAUUACCCACUUCUGAGGCCCCUAUAGAAGGAUUAACAUGUACACUACCCCUAUAAAAAGAUCAAGUCGUGGAUUCAUUUUUGACAGACCAGUUUAUUAACUAGUAUAGCUCAGGUUUCACGUUUGUGUUUGUAAAAGUAUGAUUGUAAAUGAAGUUACUCUUAGCAGCUACAUGAAAGUUUGCUCAAUGCAACCGUGCUGCAUUACAUAA